CACGGGUACUUCCGGUUCCUGCGUUAGGUGACGAGGAGUGGAGCCGUGGGGCGAGAAGGCUGAAGACCAUGCAGCCUAAGUGGCCCAGGGCCGGACGCUGCCAGGUUACUUGGGUGUGAGAUGAACUGACGUUUGGGUUCCAGGUUUUCUGUGCAGAGCCCUAGGCUGUCAGGGGGAGAGGAGCACAGUAAGUAGUCUUAAUCUCAUCCUACCUCUCGUUUUGCAGGUGAGGCUCAGCCACUCAGGACAGCUGUGGUAGAGCUGGAAUCCUGACCCCAGCCUCCUUCCCCUGCUCAGUCCACACUUGCUGAUACAGUCAGUAUGCAGCAUUUAUGGGAGGCAUUUAUUAAAGUAGAUGCCUUUUUACGGAUGAGCUCUUUGGGGGUUCAUUGUCCCUAAACCCUUCUGCAGUCUCCUGACCUUCACCUUAGGGCUUCUUUAGCUUUUCCCCUGCCCAGUGGGGAAAAUGGCUGUCUGGGCUCAAAUGUGGUAGUCUGGCCUUUGCUGGCUCCAGCCACUGGGCCCUUACGGUAGUGGGUGGUGUGACCCAGGACUUGUUUUGUUAUUUCAGAGCCAAAGGGGAUGUUCUUGGCAGGAGUGGGUCUGGCCAGCUAUGUGGGUAAAAGGGCGUCCUUCCCUAUCCUGCAUGGCAUGGUUUCUCGUGGUGCCUUGGGACUUCGUAAGGUUCCACCCUGAGCCAGAUUUUGCUGUCAUUCCUGAUUUGAGCUGGAACUCUUGCUGGACUGGCCCUGAGUGCUGGGAUUCCUAAGGCCGCACACUCUGAGGGUGUAAUUUGGGCCUGACCUGGCCUGGUGGUGCCCUGGUGAGCCUGCAGCCUCCCCACAGAGACCCAGCCUUCCCAGGAACCCCAACCCAGUCCCCUGAGCUAACGAAAUACAGCAGGCUAGAGGUCACUGGGCCUAAGAUCAGUUGGGGGGACAACCAGUAGCUUUCCGGCAGCAGUGCCAGAAAGGGGUAUUGCUGAGUGAGGGCUCAGAAGGGCAGGGGGUGGGAAAGGGGCGAGACGGGAGCCCACAGACAGGAAUCUGUGGAUGAUUAACUCAGCCACAGGGCCAACCCAGGAAGAGGGCUCAGCUAACAGGACCUUUGGACUCGGGCAGAACUCCCAGAGGGGAGCAUGUGGUCUACAGAAGAGGAGGACAUGGCUGGGUGGCAGGGCUGGGCUCUGAGGCCCAGAGUGAGAUCAGGCAGCUAUGGGCUUCAGGAAGUCUCCUUGGGCGGGCAGAUGGCCUAUGCCUGCAGCAGCAGCUGUGGGGUCCACCAGUCCUGAGCCUUCAGAGAGUAGGUGUGGGGGGGCCUCCUGUCUCUGGUCCUGCAACAGCCCUGACUGGUCUUUUCUUCCCCUUAGGCAGCUAUGGGCACCAGGCAGUGCUGAGAGCAGUGGGGCAUGGCUGCAACCCUGCAGGUCAUACCCCGCCUGGCCCGAGCCCCCUUGUGCCCACUCCCCUGGUGGGGCCCAGUGGCCCGGCUGGCCAGCGGCAUGGCCCUACCGGAGCAGGCGCAGCAACUGUUUGAGAGUGCUGUUGGUGCUGUGCUGCCGGGCCCCAUGCUACACCGGGUCCUGACGUUGGACCCUACCGGCAGGCAGUUGAAGGUGCGGGACCGGAGCUUUCAGCUGCGGCACAACCUCUACCUCGUGGGCUUUGGCAAGGCUGUGCUGGGCAUGGCGGCUGCCGCCGAGGAGCUCCUGGGCCAGCAUCUCGUGCAGGGUGUGAUCAGUGUUCCCAAGGGGAUCCGAGCUGCCAUGGAGCAUGCUGGCAAGCAGGAGAUGCUGCUGAAGCCUCACAGCCGUAUCCAGGUUUUCGAGGGUGCUGAGAACAACCUGCCAGACCGUGAUGCACUGAGGGCUGCGCUGGCCAUCCAGCAGCUGGCCGAGGGGCUCACGGCUGAUGACCUGCUGCUGGUGCUCAUCUCAGGCGGAGGCUCAGCCUUGCUGCCAGCCCCCAUCCCACCAGUCACACUAGAGGAGAAGCAGACACUCACCAAGCUGUUGGCAGCCCGCGGAGCCACCAUCCAGGAGCUGAACACCAUCCGGAAGGCCCUGUCCCAGCUCAAGGGUGGGGGGCUGGCUCAGGCCGCCUACCCUGCCCAGGUGGUGAGCCUGAUUCUGUCUGAUGUGGUGGGUGACCCCAUGGAGGUGAUCGCCAGCGGCCCCACUGUGGCCAGUGCCCACAAUGUGCAAGAUUGCUUGCACAUCAUCAACCGCUACGGCCUCCGCGCUGCCCUGCCGCGUUCCGUGAAGACUGUGCUUGCGCGGGCCGACUCUGACCCCCACGGGCCAUACAGCUGUGGUCAUGUCCUCAACGUGAUCGUUGGUUCCAAUGUGGUAGCGCUGGCUGAGGCCCAGCGGCAGGCCCAGGCACUGGGCUACCGGGCUGUGGUGCUGAGUGCAGCCAUACAGGGUGAUGUGAGAAGUGUGGCCCAGUUCUACGGGCUGCUGGCCCGAGUAGCUGGAGCCCGCCUCAUCCCGCCUGGGGCCUGGGCUUCUGGGGAGGAGGAUGCAGAACUGUACAGGCUUGAGGCCGAACUCCAGCUCCCAGACCUGCAGCUGGAAGAAGCUCUGGAGAUUGUGGCAGGGGCUCAGGGUCCCGUCUGCCUGCUGGCUGGAGGCGAGCCCACUGUGCAGCUGAGGGGCUCAGGCAAGGGUGGCCGGAACCAGGAGCUGGCCCUGUGUGUCGGAGCAGAGCUAGGACGGCAGCCACUGGGGCCUAUUGACGUGCUGUUUUUGAGUGGUGGCACCGACGGGCAGGAUGGACCCACAGAUGCUGCUGGGGCCUGGGUCACGUCUGACCUUGCCAGCCAGGCCGCCACCGAGGGGCUAGAUGUGGCCACCUUCCUAGCCAACAAUGACUCACAUACCUUCUUCUGCCGCCUCCAGGGCGGGGUACACCUGCUGCACACAGGGCUGACUGGCACCAAUGUUAUGGAUGCCCACCUCUUGUUCCUGCGGCCACGGUGAUGGCAUGGGUCACACUUUGGGAGGCCAGAGUAGGCCUGCAAGGGCAGCAUCCUGGGAAGACCCGGGUUGGUUCCCAGGGUCUCACUAGGCUAAGGCCCCUCCUUGCCUUGGCCCUGGCUGCU